AUGCCUGAGGAUAGUGUCGAACAGCCUGAAGCCAAAUUACCUACUUGCAAUAUCUGCAACAAGUCCUUUCCCCACAAGAAUUCGCUUAGACAACAUCUUGAACAGGCCAAGCAUGCCUUCACAUCGGAUCCUGGCGAAGAAGUGCCAAAGCGACUCAGAUGCACAAUGUGUACUCGGUCUUUCAAUAAAGAGUAUUGGCUGCGGAAGCAUAUGUGGACCAAGCAUGCCUCGAAGGUUCCGGCUUCUGUUAAACCCGCUGAAGACGCAAAGCCAAGCCCCUCAUCACAAAACCCAGCUGUGGACAGUGAUGUCCCUAUCCAACAAGAGGAUCUGAAGCAGGAGGAUCAAGAUCAAGAUUCUGUGCCGACUGUUUUUAGCUGUCCUGUUUGCGGCAAGACCUUCAAUGGACAAUUCGGACUUGACCAACAUACGGAAGCAAAUCAUAAUUCGAAGCGACAGGAGGGAAGGAUUAAUUGCAAAUUGUGCAGAAAAUCUUUCGUUGAUGGCAGUACACUUCAGCAACAUCACAGAAACACGCAUAAUCAAGUAUGUACGUAUUGCAAGAAAGUCUUUCCUACCAAAACUGCACUUGAAGAGAAUAAACGCCGCAGCGGGCAUACAGACAGAACGACAGAGCCUGCAGGGAUACAAAGCAUGAGACAGAAAGAAAAGACCUCUAAACCUUCGCUACAACGAUUCAAGUGUGAUUUCUGCAAUUCGACCUUUCACCAUUUCGAUCUACUUGAACAGCAUGUUAUACGCCAUAAUCUUUGGUCGGACGAUGGGCCUGUUGUUAUAUACAAGUGCGACUUUUGCCCGAAGACGUUUUACUCCUAUGAUGAGCUUGAUGAGCAUAUGAGAACCACUUAUCGUUUUAAUUCACCUAAUUCAUGGGAUAGCGAUGGGCAGACUGAUGAGGAGGAAGACUACGAGGAGGACUACGAGGAUAGCGAGGAGAGCGAGGAGGAGAGCGAUGGAGAGGACUACGAUGAGAGCAAUGAGAAUGAAGCUGAGGAUAGCGACGAGGAGAAUAAUGAGGAGAGUGACGAGGAGAACGAUGAAGAGAGCAAUGAGGGCAACGAGGAGAGCGACAAAGAAUCCGUCCCGGAUCUCGUUGAAACAACAGGCAAGACAUCCGGCGAGAAGCUCGAUGCAGAACUUCCUCCACCGCCAUUCAAGUGCCAGGAUUGUGACGAGGCGUUUUACUACACUGCUACGCUUGGAGAACAUCAGGAAAUUUUUGCUGUAUUUCUUGACCAUCAAGAACAGGCCGGUCAUGGCUAUUUCGCGAAAUCAGUCGAGAAGCCAGUCGAGAAGCCAGUCGAGAAGCCAGUCGAGAAGCCAGUCGAGAAGCCAGUCGAGAAGCCAGCCGAAAAGCCAACGAUAGAGGACAAGGCAGGAGAUGCCAGCGUUUCAGUAUACAAAUGCACCGACUGUGGCAGGCUAUAUCGCGAGGUUAACUCAUUCCAGACCCAUUUGGCCUGGAAUCAUGGGCGUCGUUCCACAUACCCCAAUAAACAUCUCACAAAGUUGAGCCCCGAAGAGGCCGAUGCUCCCGCCAAGAAGGACGCCUGGUGGGCAUUAUUCGACAAGGACAACAUCUCGGAUGAAUCCAUCUCGUACUCGGACUUCCAGAACUAUGAUGAUUACAAUCAAGACGACAUGCUGGAUGACCUUAGGCAGAUAAACUCGUGGUCUUCCAAGAAGAAGAACAUGGUCCCCUGCAUCACCUGCUGGAAGAAGUUCAGAACCACUUCCCAGAUGGUGGAACACGUGGAGAUGCGCGAAUGCCACUCUUAUAUUGCUGCUCAUUCUAUCAAAUGGGCUGUUCACAGGAGUGAUCAGAGCGUGAUAUCGGGUUGCUACUCUGAUGGCAAGUUCCAGUGCCCCGAUUGUGAAGCCCGCUUUGACCGCUUGAGUAGCUUGCUUCGUCAUGCGGAGAGAAACGAGUGCCAUGCUGAUGUUGCUCAGGGCCCGAUCAAGGCUUUUAUGAAAGAGAUGACGUGGCGUAUGAUAGAGGGCGAACUCAUUUAA